AUGUCGCUGCGGGAAGAGUGGGGUCGUCUAGUGGAGUCGGUGGCGGCGAUGAACUCCACCGACGCGCUGCCGCGGGACUUCACGCCCGCUGAGUUCCUCCCGGAGGGCCGCGAGGUGCCGGCGGAGUUGUUGCGGGAAGUGCGGGCCAACGCAGCCGCCUUUGAUGCCGCCGCCCGCGCACUCUACAGGCCGCAAAUGACAUUAGAGGAGGGAUUCCACGCCGCCCCCACACCUUCACAGUCACGAGGCGCGGAAGAGGACGGCACUGGCGGACGCCAAAACAACAAUACUACUACUACUAAUAAUAAUAAUAAUAAUAAUAAUAAUAAUACAAAUAAUAACAAUAAUAAUAACGGAAAUAAUGGUGGAUUGAUGUCUGAGGAGGGACCGAACUUUUUUGAGGCAUAUCAGACACACGCGGUGGCUAAGGGGAAUACAGACUCUACUGCGACAGUUCCAUUUGGUUCAACUGCAUCAGGCGUUGGGGUUUCGGGUGUUCCUCGUGCUUUUGGAAGUACGGCCCGUCUUGCUGCGGGAUUUCUCUUACCAGAAUAUUAUGCCCAGACCCAUCGCCAACCAGAUUUUAUUCCUAUCAUCCUUGUCCCUUCUUCUGUUUCAUCCAUAUUGCAACUCUUUAACAUUCGUGAGUUUUUGGAAAAGGGAGUUUACAUUGACCCACCAUCACUCUUUGUGGAUGCGGAAACUGGUGCGGUGAAUGUCCAGGAGAAUAAACCAGAUGCUGUUAUUGUUACCCCAGGAAGUUUUCUAGAUCCUCAGAAGUACACCGUAGCAUACAAAGUAUUCCGUGUUGUGGAUGAUCCCAAACAGGUAAAGAAUUGGCAGCACGUAUGUGCAUGCAUUGUAGAUGGACAUGAAUGGCAAUUCCGUGGUUGGUUCCCAAAUGAACCUACAGCUGUACCAGUGAGUGAACUGUUUCAGCGCGUGUGUGGGUUUUUACCUUACUUUGAAGAAGAGAAAUUGCCAAAAGCACUGCAGGAGUGGAAUGUUAAACCACUAUCCCUUACGCGUCGUGUAGUGAAGGCACAUGCGCACAUUCUUCAGGCAUCUGUCUUUUGGGAGCAUUUGUACACAUUCUUGGAGACACAUCCGUUCUUCAAGUUGUAUACAGUUCCACUAGAUUGA